CGUUGUUGGGAUGGUGAUUCAGAUCGCUUCAAAAUGGCGUGUAACUUAAAACCUUGGCUAAAUGAACACGAUGCAAUCAUAGAUUACUGCGACACUGCGCAAGCUCCAUGCAAAGACUUCUUUCAUAUAUUUGUUACGGAAAAGGAGAUUAUUUUUCGUUGGUGGAAAAUUGUCCCUCCUUCUCGUGCUGACUCUGGCGCUGCACCCGUCGAGAUUAAGAACAGCUAUGAUGACUUUCUGCAUGAUGAGAGAGCUCAUAGUGAGAUACAGAGGCUUGCUGGUGACAACACACUGCAGUAUUUGAUACGUACUGCGGAGGGGCAGUUUGAUUUCUUGAUGCAUCUUCCAGACGAAGCCCUAAAGAAGAUACUUCUGUCUCUGGAUCUGGAGGAUAUGAUCAGACUGAGUGCUACCUGCAGGAGAUUUAGACAUUUGUGUAAUGAUGAUGAUGUUUGGGAGAAGAUUUUCCGUCGUACAGUGGAAACACCAGUUACUGCUGAAUUAGAAACUCUGGCACAGAAGGAAGGAUGGAAAAGACUUUUCUAUACAAAUAAAUUACAGCUACAGGUACAACUGAGGAGACAAAUGAGACACAGUGAUAUGCAGUUGCGUCGUCAAAAACGUGAGGAACACCAGCAUGAGGAACAUGGUCACCACCAUCACGAUCAGCAGACGAUCUAAAUAUUCGUCUGCAGUAUCUUAUACUACAGUAGUAAAAAAAGACUUGUAUAUUGGCUUUAAUUUCUAUUUCCUUGUGCCUUAUGUUAUUAACAUAUUUUACAGACUUCUGUUUUUGUGUGAAACAAUGUCAAAUAUAUGAAGACAUAGUUCAUUAUGCUGUGUUUUGACCAACAAUUUUAAAUUGUUAAGACAAUCAGAUUGUCUUUAAAGUAACUUACUUUGCCAAAUACUGACCUCAGUAGACCAUCAAUUUUAUGUAAUCUUGAUGGAAUUUAUGCUAACGAUUUCUUUUUUAGUUCUUACAAAAAGUAGCCUACUGCUCAUGAAACAAUAACUUAGAGAGAUCUAAGGCUGGUUUAUAAUGAAUGUAAAAAAUUAGACUGAAAACUAGUAGGAUUUUUGUAGAAUUUUUCAAAGUUUAUUUAGUUUGUGCCUUAUGGUAGAUUGUACAUAAAAUGUUUUUUUUUUUGCUGAUUGCAAUCUUAUCAAAAUCAAUUCAGGGCAGUUGUGUCUUUUUAAAUUAAUUGCCAGGGUAUAAAUCUCCACCCAGGAUUUGUUUUUCAUGCUGUCACGACCAUUUUUAUUUUUGGAGAAAAAAAAGGAAAUGACUGUUCAUGAUGUGCAAGUAUCUAUUAAUUUCAUUGACUUGAACUAUCUUGCAUACUUUUUAAUCUUAAUUUUAACACAUUUAGAACAAAUUAACUAUUAUUUCAGCAAAUAAUUUAAAGUGGCCUGGUAAGACAUUUAGUAUGAAAUCAUUACAUCAUUCACCUACAUGUUUUGUUAGAUUGAUGUGACAAAGAUUUUGCAAAGAUAUAUAUACAUGUACAUUUUAUCAAAUGAAAGCAUUACAUUAUAAGUUAUAACAGAAGGUUUAAACUGUUAAAAUUUUUUUAAAUGACAGCCUUUCCAUAGUGUUUUGGUAUUUAUUAAAACUAUGAGUGUUCAUAUUCUCACAUGUUACCUACCUGUUUCAAGAAUUAUAGUUAACAGUCUUUUUUUAUUUUUUACGUGGGGAACAAUAAAUUUUCACAUGUGUCUUCGCAGGUUAACACCAGUAACAGCAUAUUUCCUUAUUUUAUACAAGGUUUACCUUUGACUUUGCAUUAAUAUUUUGCAUUUUAGAUACAGCCAGUUAAUUAUGUCUCCCACUACACUGUGGUGGGAGACUUAUUGAUUUACUUCUGUCUGUGUGUCUGCCUGUCUGUCUGUCACAAAUCUUGUCGGCGCUCUAAGACGAACAUUUUUCAUCUGAUCUUCACCAAACUUGAACAAAAUGUGUUUGCAAAUAAGUUCUCAGCCGAGUUCGAUAACUAGCCAAAUCGGCCCAGGCACUUUGGAAUUAUGGCCCUUGAACCGAAAAUAGUGAUAUAAAUAGUGAAAAAAUUGAUACAGGUCUUGGUGCAUGGUUGACUCACGAUACAUAAUGGAGAAGAAAUGCCAGUCUAGAUGAUUAGGCAGUUGUGGGAAACAUGCGCUUUUCUCAAAAGCAGCUGUAGUUUUUUAUGCAUUCCAAUGUUUUUUGUCAUAAUGUUAUAUCAUGGGAGUUUAAUUUUUAAUGGAAUACCAACAAAAGUAGAUAGAAUUCAUAGAACUGUCUAUAUAUUUGACCUUGUAAAAUAUUAAAUCCACAAUUUGAUUUCUUCACAAAAGAUCCAGUGUUGCAAAAAAAAAAAACACACAAGAUUUUGUAUUGAAGGAAGCUAAAUGUUCUUUGGCUCAUUGUUUUUAUGAAGUUUUGCUGUAAAUUAAUACAAGACAGGAAGAAAAACAAAUGAAUGUCUUGCUCAUAUCUAUGUUUUUUCCAUUGUUGUUUUUCAUAGAUGUCCAAAGAAAUUAGUGAUAAGAGUUAGAGUAUGAAUUGUUAGAAAUUCAGGAUUUUGGUAACUUCUGAAAUAUUUUUAUGCAUAAUUGUCAUCUUCACUGAACAUGGAGCAUAGGAUCUUUCAGUUAAAAUUUGUAAGUUAGUGCGAUAAUGAAUCUACAUGUAGGUUUGACAUGAGAAGUACAGAAGGCUUUGAAACUGGUAUGAUAAAUUUAUUCAAAAUCCAGAUAUUUUUAUAUAUAAUUAUUCUCAGAAUCCGAUGUUUUAAGUUUCUAUAUUUGUGCAAAAUAUUUUAAAUUUCUGUUUUUGUGCAAAAUAUGUUGCAAAAUUUUAAAUGUUAAUGAAUAAGUUCCAGUAAGUUUAACAUUUUUUGUUUGUUUGAUUGUUUGAAAGGACUUAAUUAAAAAAAGAAGAAAAAAUUGAGUGACAGUAAGUUGCUUUGAAGAUAUAAAAACUGAUCUAACACCUUAGUGAUUCAGGGUACAAAGUAAAUAGACAUGUUGUUUGUUAUUUAGUUACAUGUUUCAGUUAACUGUAGAACUUCCGGUUUGGUUGUUAAUUUUUUUAUAGUUUGUGGCUUUUUUUUGCCACAUCCGAAGGGAAAUAAUAUACCCAAAGUGUGAACAAUUACAACACAGUAUUUGCACAAUUACUGCACAGUAUUUGCAUAAACAUAAACAUGUUUGUGUGUAUAAACAGUACUGUAUGAUUGGUUAAAAUAAUGCACACUUGCAAAUAUAUAGGUAAGAAUAAAUUAUGCCGCUAAAAUAUUGGAAUUCUUUUGAACAAAUUAGAUACUAGAUCAGACGUUUUUGAUUGCAGCUCUUCAUACAUAGUUUAUAUAUUUAAACAAUUCUAAUAUAUUUUAUAUUGAUUUUGUACAUUUAAAACAAUGUCUAAAGAUAUUUUAGUGAAAGAUUAGCACAGUAUAUCUUUAAUAAUUGAAGGAGUUAGUAUUAAUUUUGUUACUAAUUUGUAAAAUUAAGGUAAGUUAGACAUCUGCUCACAAGUACAAAUAGCUUCAAAAGCACUUGUUAGGUUGACAGCAAAAACAGUCAAUAUUAUUUCAUGAAAACUGAUAUAUAUACUAAACUGUGCCAUUUUUGUUUAGGACUGUUAUGCCAAAUUUAUGAGCCUAUUCUUUUCUCCAUCCAGUUUUUGUUUCAGAAUAUUUUUUAUUACAGAUUCUUUUGUAUUUCUCAGCAUAAUAAGGGCUCACUGAUUGUAGUAAUUUUAUUCUCCAGUAUUUAAAGAUGUAUUGCUCAUAUUCAUCCGUCCAUAUUGUGUAAUGUUGUUUAAUAAUAUCAAAACAUUUACUUGACUGUUGUAAGAUUAUAUUUUAUGUUUAGCUGGAUCUUGGACCAAAGUCUCAUUGUAACAGAUUUGACGGAGCUAGGACACUGACUACUUAGAUACCUUUUAUAUUAGAUAGAAUGAUUGCCAACAUAACAAAAACAGGCAGGGUUCAUAUUUGUCAGUUUUUAAAGUCUAAAACUUAGAAUUGAGAACAACAAUUUGCAAUAACUUGGUUUUAUAGUAAAUUUUUACUGUUGUAAUUUUGUGGAGCUGUCUGCAACUGCAAAAUACACAUUCAUCUUCAGAGUUUCAUUAUAGUUUGUGCAAAUUUGAAAAUGACAAGAAGAAGGAGGAAAUUUAGCAUUUAAUAGUCUAACUUUUACGUCUAACUGGGUCCAUAUUUUCAUCAAUGUUUUAUCAUUGAUGAAUAUGGACCCAGUUUUUGAGAAGCUGUAUCAAUGGGAAAAUCAGUGAAAGGUUCUGAUUGUGUGUUGUUAUACAUCUUUUUACACAAAAAUCCUUAAACAGAAGUUGUUUUGAAAGGAGUAUGUAUUCAGGUAAAAAAAUGACCUGCUAAAAUUACUCAAAAUUUGGAUUCUUAAAAAAUUGAAAAUUGAAUUUUCUUUAUGUGAAAUAGUUACUUUGAAAUAAUUAAGAGUCAGAUUGCUAGUUUGUCCAAAAAAAAAAUAAGGAAAAAUAUUUUUGACUUUGGCCAGAAUUUGUUAAGAAUCUUAAAAGUCAGUUUUCAGGAGUUUGUUUUGAAAGGCAUCCUGUACUCAGUAAAUGUAUGCUCGCCUAUUUCAUGCCAUUUCUGAGUGAUAUACAUUCCAAUGUUUCAACAGAUAUUAUUAAUUACCUCCAAAAAUAAUUUUGUGAUGUUUUUUUUGCUAUAAGUGCUUAUGUAUUAAAUCAGAGUUACAUGAAUAUUGCUUUUUGUAACAGUUGAAGGUUGCAAAAAUGUUUAAAAAGAAGUAGAAAUAGAUCUGUAUAUUUUUCAUAUUAUCCAUAAUUGUGAUAUUAAAUAUAUAGCUUUAACGGAAUAAAAGAUUGUAAACAA